AGACAAGCCGGCGGCUAUUCAGUAAGCGCAGCAGCAGCGAACGAAAGAAACUUUACGGGAGAAACGGUGACGGUACCGAGAGGCGGACGGCUGUACUGUGUGUUAUUUGCUGGACUAUACUGGAACACAGCGGCGGGACACUGAAGACGCUCAGCUCGCUGUUUUUUUUAAAGCUACAAAUCCCCGUUAAGCUAACGUUUAGGGCGACAUUCCCGCUUGUUUUUGUGAACUACCUGGAAGAACAGCCAUGCUCACCCUGUGCCUCGUGUUGAUGUUAUCCACUGCCUCCGUCUUCUCAGAGUCGCAGGUGAGGGAGACGGAGACAUGGAUGCCCAUGAAGAGCUCGCAGACGGCCGGCGUGUCGACACGUGGCGGCGAUCUGGAGGCGUCUGGAGAUGCCCCGAUUGGCUCAGACUUCGGCUUCACAGACGACGACGCUGACAAUUACACGUACGACGAUGAAGACUACAACGACUUCUCUGGAUCUGGUGACGCAGACACGCCCAUGUCACCUGACGAGACGACAACAGUGAAGCUCGACAUUAUUGACAAUAAGAUCCCCGAGCCAGAGCGCCCGGUGCGACCAACCGUCAACGAGAGAGAUAUCGUUGAGAAGAACGAGAUCCCUGUGCUGGGCAACGACGAUCGCAGUGAAGACAACCUGUCCAAUGUCCUCAUGUCCCACACCGGCAACGAGAGCAUCACGAGCAAGACGGAGUUCCUUGCAGCUCUGACCGCGACCCUCGCCGUCAGCCUGGUGCUCGCCGUCCUCCUCAUCCUCUUCCUCAUCUAUCGCAUGAAGAAAAAGGACGAGGGCAGCUACGAUCUGUCGAAGAAGCCCAUCUACAAGAAGGCCCCCACCACAGAGAUCUACGCAUAGACCCCGACCUCCUCCUGCUCCUCCUCCUUUCACAACCACACACAAUCACACACCUCACUCCCUUAAAAACCCAAUCAGGGCCGGCGUCUGGCCUUGCCAUGCCUCAUCAUCAUCAUCAUACCUCCUCCUCACUUUCCUCCAGCGGAGCGAUGCUGGGUAAAUCAGAAGAGAAGCCCCGACAACACAAUCGACAGACUGGCUCCUCCCUGAUGUGCGCUUUAUUACCGACGCUCUCUGAACCAAUCAGAGGCUUCGCUUUCUCAGAAAAGGAAAAUGAGCGACAGGAGUGGACUGUCUCAGCUGCCAAGACCUCACUUCCUCUCAAACAGGACAAGACUCCUCCCUUCUUUCCUUUAAAAACACUAAAACGGUACUUUUAUCGGUCCAGUUAUUUAUUCUCUCCUCUGAACCUGCAACUUCUAAAGACUAACGAGGUUUUCAUGAGAUUUUUUUUUUUUAAUGCCAUAAUGAGAAAAACAAAGUUGGUUUUAAUCUGAAAGUUGUGCAGCGGUUUCAUGCUCCGUUAGAAGUGACCCUGUAUAGAAGUGUUGUUUCUGCACUGUAAAACGAUCACUUCCUGUUCUGUAAACCUUCAGAUGCAGCAGAGUUCAUUAAAAUGACCUUAAAAGGCUUUUUAUUUCCCUUCAAAGCUCCUGGUAUGUUUGGUUUCUCCUCAGCACAUAGCACCAGACGAGUCGUACCAAUCCCUGAAAGGAAUUUGCAAACGUUGGAGGACCCCGGGUUAUUCACCAGCACGUCAUAGCGGCGAGGUGUUGCUGCACUCCUCAGCAUCGCGCCAGGCGUCGACACUUUCGGAUGUAGACUCGCUCACUUUCCUGCAGAGAGUUCGAGGAUACAAAGCUAUAUCCGAAUAGCUGGUUAGCUUAGCUUACAAAGUGAAAAGCAUUAGCCAAAGCUAAUACAGCUAAAGGCUAUUAUGUGUGAAGUAGCUGUAAACUCAUCAAAUUAAUGUUCUCGACAUAUAAUGUGCAGAUUUGGGUUUAACCACCUUUUUAAGCAUAAAGUCAGUCUGAUGGCAGCAUUUAAAGUCGGGUUUCCUCAGCUAAUGCUAUGCUACAGUAGCGUAGCAACGCUAAUGUAACAUUUGGGGCUUUUUUUUCCCCAGUUUUUCAUAAAUUAAGAUGAAAGAAAUGAAGCGUAAAUGUGGUCUUCGGUAAUUCCGUUAGCUGCUUUUUUUUUUUUCUUUUUUUUUUAAAUUAAUCUAGCUAGCUGAUUUAUUUGUGCUAAGCUAACUCUAAUGUAAUUUUGACCAAACGUGAGUGGCUUAUAUCUUUUCUAAAACUUGCCAAAUUAAAAUUGUAAUUCCUUCAGUUCUUUCAGCACUGAGGUGCUAAUCCGUGUAAAAGUUGAGCUCUGUGAUUGCAGAAACAGUACUUUUUUCUUUCUUUGAUAUAUAUAUAUUUUUUCUCAAUCAUGGGGUUGAUGCUUCUCUCGAUAAGCUACACGACUGUUUGCUGUUUAGUUUUUAUAUUUUCAGUCACAGUUCUCGGAGCAAUCGCCGACGCCGUCGUAAGCCGGUCCAAUGCAUCCAGACUGCUCUACCAAGGAUUUGUACAUAGUCAUUAAAUAUCAAUUUUUAAAAAAAGCUUAAAUAUAUUAACUUGGUACUCAGCCGUGUUCUGGCAACAGAAAUAUCUACCAAAUAUUUAAAUGCCAAAUUGUUUUGUUUUUGCUCUUUGGUGUCCUGCAGUAACCUUCAUGUGAUUUACUGUAAAUGUAAGUUUUGAUACUACCGAUGCUAAUACUAACGCCUCUAAUGUCCUCCAGUGUUUUAUUUUCCCUCCUGUAGAUCAACUAGUUCCCCUCCGUUAUUAUUUUUAAUUAAUUUAACUGUCAAAUUAUUUUAUUGCCUUCCUUCAGGUUCGGGUGUUCACCCUUAAGCUGUUGUAUAUGUGAUUUUUAAAAGUUUUAUAUACACUAGUUUCAGAUUUCCAGCAAAUAGUUUUGAAACUUAUUUGGUAAGAGUGUCUAUUAUCUUUUAGACUUUUUGCUUUUGUAUUUAUGGUUUUGUUUUUUGUAGAAGGAUUGAUUAUGUGGUUGCUGUACGUCUCUUCGUUCGAGGGAUGUUGUGUCGAUGAGCCACGUUGCCGUCAGCAGACCUCGGGUCGAUUCUUGGCGACUCACUUUUGUAAAUCUGAACACGACCGGCGACGCGAGCAGCCGCACAGUUACGAAAACACUCGAGGCCUGAUAACUGACACAAUGCUGCUGCCCGUGUCCUCUGGUGUGCCGGGAGGAACGAGCUGACCUCUGACUCGGGCAGAGGAGUAAAUCUGAUCAGAUUACACGAGUUUAAAAAAGAAUAUUUCAAAAAGCAGUCUGUCGUCGGCCCCAGGUCUGAGUCGGUAAACAUGGGAGGGUAUGUUCUGCUGCUUAAUGUCACAAAUACCACACGUGAAUCAUUGGAGUGGAGCCAAUGAAUCAUUGGUUUCUCAAUGCUGGUUCCGAUUUAUUGAAAAUAAAGUUAUUUUUAUGCACAUUAA